AGGCAGAGCCUUUCUUGUGCGCCUGCGCGUGAGAAAGAGCGAGAACGGACGCGCACGUGCGUGUUCUCGCGGUAUUUGGGGGGUAGGAGCAGGUAGCGCGAGCGGAGUCGCGGGUGGGGGAGAGAAGGCCCCCCGCCCCCCUCGAGCGGCCGUAAAGGAGGGCGGGGCCAGGACGGACGACGACCGAGACCACGGCGGCAGGAGAAGCGGCAGCGGCGAUACCGCCAUCGUACUCUCGCGAUAUUUGGCGGCUCACCUUCUCCCCUCACUUUCCUACCUCCCACCCCCGGCCUAGAAGCGGCGCCCUUUCGCGGUGGGCAGGAGGGAGAUGGGAGCUUCGCUGGGUCCUUAGGUCGGGGAGGCUGAGAGGGCGCCCCGUGUCGGGCCAGGCCGAGGGGCCCCCGUGGGGCUUCCCAAGGAACCAGGCCGGGGAGGGGGCGCGGUGGAGGGGGCGCCUCUCCUUCCUCAGGUCCCCGAGGGAGGUUGGAGUAGCCCAGGAAGCGCAGGUGCCGCCCUUCCUUCUGUGCAGUGAGUGGGGAGGGAUCCUCUUCUACCUGGGGGCCUGUUAACGGAAGUCUGGCGUGAGCGGGGAGGUCUCAGAAUCCCCACCUUAGAAGAUUGGGAAGCCAGCAGGGGAGGGGAAAGGGCCCUGGACCUUUCCUUGCGCUGGGGUGUUCAUGUUCCCAAGUGGUAGCGUUAAGGGAAGGAUGGGUUCUUACUCAGGGUCUUAACAGCCCAGCCUUGCCCCUGAUGCCUUGAGGACGAAGGGAGAUCUAGUCAGAGCUACCUAUUCUCAGCCCAAGCGGUUUAGGAGAGCCCUGCUCAGAGAUCUAUCUGUAGCAACGGACCCCCUCCCCCCAUAGGGCACCCUUUUCACUCUAAGAUUCUAGACAUCUUUAUUGGCUCAAGUCUUUGCAUAUCAGCCAUAUUUCCCUCAGAUGUCGGAGUGGUGAAGGCAGGUUGAAUGUAGGAGGGAAAGAGAGAGAAGCCCCUUGAUUGUGGAAGGGAGUGAGAAGGGUUAGUGUUUUGAGGGGGUUUGGAGGCUUGCCCCCCUCUUUCCGAGCACAGUGGAGAAGGAAUGCCAAACCCAGAGAGACAUGGGGGCAAGAAGGAUGCAGGGGGAGGGGGGUGCUUGCAUCAGGAGGCCAUGGCGAGUGGUGGGAGCUCGAACAACAAAGAGAGGCACCGGCUCGCCAAGCACAAAAGACACAAGUCCAGGCAUUCCAAAGACUCACCCUCGGGUUCCCAAGAACCAGCCACAUCUCUGGGCAGCAUGAUCAAACCGCUUGUGGAGUACGACGACAUCAGUUCUGACUCCGAUACUUUCUCGGAUGAAGCAAUUGUCAAGCUGGAGCAUCAGGAGAACGAUGAGAAGAAAGGGGCGUCGGAGCGGAGUGACCGGUUACAUAGGCAUCGCCAUCACCAGCACAAACGCGUCCGUGAGCUGAUGAAAAGCAAGCAGGUGGACAAGGAAAAGCGGCCGGAGAGGAACCAAGAGUCCUCAAGCAAGCUGAGUUCCAACAAGGAUAGAGUGUCAGGGACCUCUAAAAGACUCCAUGAGGAGAAUGAUGACCACUCCUCAAAGUCAUCCAAGAGCAGUGGCAAGGAGUCCCGCUCAGCCAGAUUGCAUAAGGAAAGGUCCAGGAAAGAGCGCGAGGUGAAAUCUGGGCACAAAGACCGUGCCAAAAGUCACCGGAAAAGGGAUGCCCCUAAGAGCUACAAAUCGCUCGACAGCCCGAAGCGGAAAUCGAGGAGUCCCCACCGCAAAUGGUCAGACAGUCCAAAGCAAGAUGACAGCACUUCAGGCGCAUCAUACACCCAAGACUAUGAUUUAAGUCCUCCACGUUCGCACACAUCUAGUAACUACGAUUCCUAUAAGAAGAGUCCAGGUGGGUCCUCCCGGAGGCCAUCUGUUAGCCCACCAUACAAGGAACCUGCUGCUUAUCAGUCCAGUGUGCGCUCUCCUAGUCCGUAUGGAAGGCGCCAACGAUCUGUUAGCCCAUACAGCCGAAGACGAUCGUCCAGCUAUGAGAGGGGGAGUGGAUCAUACAGCGGACGGUCCCCCAGUCCAUUCAAUCGAAGGCGUUCCAGUAGUCCUUUUAUCUCCAAGCGGUCACUGAGCCGGAGUCCUGUGUCCAGGAAACCUAUGAAAUCACGAAGCCGAAGUCCUGCUUACUCGAGGCAUUCAUCAUCUCACAGCAAAAAGCAGAGAUCUGGGUCCCGCAGUCGCCAUUCCAGUAUCUCACCUGCUCGGCUACCGUUGAACUCCAGCCUGGGUGCCGAGCUGAGCAGGAAGAAAAAAGAGAGGGCCGCAGCAGCAGCAGCAGCUGCAAAAGUUGACGGGAAGGAGACCAAGGACUCUCCUAGCUUUUUGUCUAGGAAAGAGAACAGCUUGGCUGAAGUUAAAGAGGUGGCGACGGAGGCCAAGAAGACGAAAACAACGAAGCCCGAAAAGUGCCCUUCUGAUGUGGAGCCAGCAAACGUGCCCCAGCCCAACGCGGAGGCAAAAACUGCCACUGAGCCCGUAAAAACAAAGGCGGUAGAGAACUCUGAGAGGAAGCCGCCUGCUCCACCGAAAGACUCGAAAGCAACGGGAACAAAAGAUGUGAAGCCUGUUAUUGCCAAGGAGGAAACUGUGACUCCCAAGGAAACCGAGACUGCUGAGAAGGAGGCCCCGCCUCCGUUGCCUUCUGCAAAGUCACUACCUCCCUUGCCAGUGUCAUCGCCCCCUCCCCAAGCUCCGCCUCCAUUGCCCCCUCUUCCUCCAUCGCUGGUGGCUCCCCCUCUGCCCCCUGCCCAGUCACCCACUGUGCCCACCCCUGCUUCUGCUCCUUCAUCUUUGCCAGCCUCUGCCCACGCCAGGACAUCUCUGAUUACUCAGGCCAAUUCUCAACCCACCGCACAGCCCUCCUCGAAAGGGCACAUUUCAGUGACAGCCACUGUCCCCCACCUGAAAACAUCCACGUUGCCUCCGCUCCCUUUCCCGCCUGUCCUGCCUGGGGAAGAUGACAUGGAUAGUCCAAAAGAGAUUGCACCUCCAAAACCUGUGAGGAAGGAGAAAGAACAGAGACCACGACACUUGCUCAUGGACCUCCCGCUCCCUCCAGAGCUUCCUGGUGGAGAUCCUUCGCCUCCUGAGUCUCCGGAACCAAAGGCAGCCACACCACCUCAGCAACCGUUGAGGAAGAGACCAAAAAUCUGUUGUCCUCGUUACGGUGAGAGGCGGCAGACUGAAAGUGACUGGGGAAAGCGUUGCGUCGACAAAUUUGACAUCAUCGGUAUUAUUGGCGAAGGGACGUAUGGGCAAGUGUACAAAGCCAAGGACAAGGACACAGGUGAAUUGGUGGCUUUGAAGAAAGUGCGGCUAGACAAUGAAAAGGAGGGCUUCCCCAUCACGGCCAUUCGUGAAAUCAAGAUCCUCCGACAGCUGAUCCACCGUAGCGUUGUCAACAUGAAGGAAAUAGUCACGGAUAAACAAGAUGCACUGGAUUUCAAGAAGGACAAAGGUGCCUUUUACCUCGUGUUUGAAUAUAUGGACCACGACCUCAUGGGAUUGCUAGAAUCUGGGUUAGUGCACUUCUCUGAGGACCACAUCAAGUCUUUCAUGAAGCAGUUGAUGGAGGGGCUGGACUACUGUCACAAAAAGAACUUCCUGCACCGAGACAUCAAGUGCUCCAACAUCUUACUAAACAACAGUGGGCAGAUCAAACUAGCAGACUUUGGACUUGCCCGGCUCUACAGUUCAGAAGAAAGCCGUCCAUACACCAAUAAAGUUAUAACGUUAUGGUAUCGACCACCUGAAUUGCUGCUAGGCGAAGAACGCUACACACCAGCCAUAGAUGUCUGGAGUUGUGGCUGCAUCCUUGGGGAACUAUUUACAAAGAAGCCUAUUUUUCAAGCCAACCUUGAGUUGUCCCAGCUUGAAUUAAUCAGCCGGCUCUGUGGGAGCCCCUGCCCAGCUGUGUGGCCAGAUGUCAUCAAAUUACCCUACUUCAACACCAUGAAACCGAAAAAGCAAUACCGUAGGCGCUUGCGGGAAGAGUUUUCUUUCAUCCCUUCUGCUGCUCUCGAUCUGCUGGACCACAUGUUGACGCUGGACCCCAAUAAACGAUGCACAGCAGAGCAGGCUUUGCAGAGUGACUUCCUGAAAGAAGUUGAUGUCAGCAAGAUGGAUCCUCCAGACCUCCCUCACUGGCAAGACUGCCACGAACUGUGGAGCAAGAAACGUCGACGGCAACGACAGAGUGGGAUCGUGGUAGAAGAGCCCCCUUUAGCAAAGGUUUCUCGGAAAGAGACGGCCUCCACAAUCAGCACAGACACCAUCAAGAAUCACAACAGUCCAGCAAACCCACCGCCUGCCCCAAUCAAAAGCCACCCAAGUGCCGGAGACUCACUCGUUGGACUUGGUAGCAUCACGCAGCAGCUGAACCAGAGCGAGCUGGCUGUCUUGCUGAACUUGUUGCAGAGCCAGACGGACCUCAGUAUCCCACAGAUGGCCCAGCUGCUCAACAUCCACUCGAACCCGGAGAUGCAGCAACAGCUGGAGGCUCUCAACCAGUCUAUCAACGCUCUGAAUGAAGCCACCACGACCACGGAGCCGAGUUCUCAGAAGUCCACAGAAGACGAAGCAGCCGCUGAGGAGCCAGCCCCGCCCCCGGCCGAGCCACCGGAGGAGCAGGCCACCCCCGAAGCAGCUGGCCAUCAGGGAGACGUGCAGAAUGUACUGGCUGUGUUGCUGAGCCAGCUCAUUAAGAACCAGGAGCCCACAGCCAGUGGCGAGGAGAGCAAUAGCGAGAACAGCAGUGAGACGCGGGGGCUGCGGAAAACCCCCACUUUGGCUCAGGAGGAAACCGCAGCCUGUCCUCACAUUCUCCCACCAGAGAAGAGACCCCCCGAGCCUCCCGGACCGCCGCCGCCACCAAAUCUGGCCGAGGAGAACCUCUCCAACGCAGCUCAGGGGUUGAACCCAACUGUUACAGCUGCCCUGCUUCACCUUUUAGCGCAGCAAGAGGCAGGGCCACCGAGCCACCCAAAGCACGAACCCCAACCGGCAAAGCCCUCCUCGGAUUACGCCAGGUCACAGCCCUCAGCCAGGACUUUUGCCACUGACGGGCCAGAGGGCAGCAGCUUUGAUGUCGACGAACGGAAUUCCAGCCAGACUUUGACAGAGACGUCGCCCCAGACUUUGGGGAAAAGUAGGACCUUUCUGGGCUCCACGAGUCACCUGGGGGAGUCGAGCACCUACCAGGGUGCAGGAUCUGUUCAGUUCCCAGGGGACCAGGACCUCCGUUUCACUCGAGUCCCCAUAGGGAUACACUCUGCCAUCGGGCAGUCGUUCAUCAAAACUGAAGGGAGCCACAACACCCUGGCACACCCAGAGGCCAAAAUCCACAACUACAGUGAGGUGGGAGUGGCAAACGCUAGUUCUAGUGAUGCAGGAACCAGUCACACAUGGGGGAAUCCAGUCCAGUCCACUGCUUAUGGAAAAACCUUUCGUGGGCCAAGUAGAGCGCCCCCGAGAGGGGGACGAGGAAGAGGGGUACCUUAUUAAGUGACUGGAGGGGGUGGUGUCUUUGGAAAGGGGUGUGGUGGAUUCCUCUCAACUAAAGCAGCCGGUUUGCCAGGGCAAACAACACCCCCUGUGUGUGGUCUCCACAAAGAAAAUUGGCUCAUUGUUGCUAUUUCUUUUUCCUUUUUUGUUCACCGAGCUGUUUUCAGCCCCUCUCCCCCCCACAUCCCACCCCUCCUUAACCUCAAUUUAGAGUUCUUUGUCCUGAAUUGGAAUCUGUCCACACUUAAAAGACCUCCUGAUCUGAAUUGGGCUUUCCCACUCAGGGAUGAAGAAAGAAGUCCUUUAAAAAAAUUAAUAACAAUUAAAUUGGCAAAUAUGAACUGAAUGUGUUUUCUAGCCUGGAGCCAGAAUAUCUGGAUGAAAUGAACUGGCACACUGGUCUAUAUAUGCAGCCGAAUGAGGCACCGGAAUGAACAGUCGAUCACAUUUUUUGUUCCCUCCAUUUUUUCAAAUCCUCCUUGCAAGUGGAGAACUUUCUUAGAACAUCUGCGAGAUGGGUGUUUUCUCAGCCCUUUUUCUUAUAUUAAUUUGCUGAUCAGAAGGUGGGUUUUUAUAGGAGGUGUUGGGAUAGCCGUGCAAAAAAUGCAAUUUUCCCAUUUGCAGCCUAAAUCGAGUACGCCGUGCGUUGCCACCUCAUUUGAUUCCAUGUAUAGACCCAGGCUCAAUAUUGCAAAGAUGAUGUGUGUUUUGUUUUUCCCUCUCGCCUCCUUGAAUUUAAAGAUUCAUCAGAUGGUACCAAUAUGCCUUUUAUUCCAAACUAAAAGAAUUGGGCUCGUGUUGCGUAAGAUUUGGGGCCACCCCCCACCCCCACCCCGGGCCGUAUUUUCUUCACUUGGAAAGGCAGGAUGCCGCAUUAUUUCAUGGGCAAACUGUCCCAUCUUACUGUGAAAGCCCCUGAGCUGACAUCUACACCUUCCAAACCUUAGUUGAACUGCGUUUCUGUAGCAUCCAGGAGUCCGUUGACGUUUGGAUGAAUUUAGGUUUGUUUUUUUUAAAAAAAAAUUCUCUUUAAUAAUGGCAAGUGUCUUUUUGUUGGAAGUUCUUCAGGCCAAAGUAAAUGGCUAAAAUAAAAACAAAACAAAAAGAAAACUUUGUAAUCCUUAAAUUCUCUGGGUUGGAAGGAGUUUCGACUGAAGCUGGAGAGAACCUCAAUAAGUCUUGAGUUUUUUCAGCUACUCAGGUAUGGGUCUCUUGAGGUAUUUUGCUGUUUGCGAUGUUAAGGAAGCCUCUGGAACUUUUCUCAGUGAGGAUAUCUCUUAUUUUUUUAAAAAUGAUUUAGGGAUGUGUGAGGGAGAACAUGAAAGCUGUGGUUUUGAACCCCAAAACACAGUGCAGAAAUUUGAGUGACUGUAAUUUUGGCAUGGAGGGAUGUAUUCUCCCCCCCCCCCCCCCCGCCCCUUUAAACUUGCAGUGUUCAAAGGGAGAAAUGUGUCUGAAAUGGGAGGGGGAAUGUUCUGCCAUUGGCUUCACUGCUCAACAAAAGUGAUUUUUUAUUUUUUUUUUAUUAUACAAAAGUGAAAAUACUACCCAACUGGGUAAUUCAUUGCUGCUGAGGGUGGGAGACAUAAUAUGCCUUACUAGUACUAUAACAGGACAAGAGUGACAGAGAGAUCGGUGGGGGUGAGGGAGAAUGUUGAAAUAUCUUCGAAGUUUUGAAUGGAAAAGGGUGAUAUUGGCUGUAAUAUAUUAGUCCCCCUUCUACAAACUGAAGACAAAAAAAAGUUAUCAAACCUAUGAAGUGUAGUAAGUUUGCAAAUUCCAAGUGUAAACUGUAUGCGUAUUUUUUUAAAUUCAGUUGCCAUUUCAUGGCUAACAUGCAAAACGGAAAGUACUGUAUGUGCAGAGUAUGGUAAAUAAAACGGAGAGGCUUCUCCUAGGCAUUUCUUUAAA